AGACGAAGAAGAGAACAAAUAUAUUGUUGGACUCAAGUGUUUCUUCAUGUUGAGUGGUGGUGUUGCAAUGGUGACGAUAUUCUCCGACCCGAUGUGUGAUGUUCUCAGUGGUAUAACGGAUGAAAAAAAUGCCGAAAAUGGCGGUAGCUACAUCAACAUAAGUCCGUUCUACGUGUCGUUUGUUGUAACUCCGAUUUGCUCGAACGCGUCCGAGCUGGUCUCUUCCCUUCUCUUUGCUGCCAAGAAGAAAAAAGAGAACGUGUCCAUGACUUUCUCUCAGUUGUAUGGCGCAGCAACAAUGAACAACACCUUGUGUUUGGCCAUCUUCUGUGCAUUGGUCUACUUCAAGGACCUUGAAUGGUAUUACUCUGCAGAGGUGACAGUGAUCUUGCUUGUGCAAUGGUUCGUCUUCGCCAUGGGUUAUACUACAACCUACAAGUUAUGGAAGCUCGUUCCCGUUGGUUUCUUAUACAUAUUUUCAAUCAUCUUGAUCGCCAUCCUGGAAAGCAGUGCAGUUGGAUGGAAAUAGACAAUUUUUCUAUAUUUUAAACGAUUUUUCCUGUGAAUGCAGAUUUGUAUUUUAAUGUACGUGUGGCGCACGACGACUUGCAAAACGUGAUGUAGUAAUCGAAAAGAACAGUGAAAAUACGAAUGUUAGUGUGUACUUCAUGAUAUAGCACAUGAAAGUUUUUUAUUCAAUGCAAUUCGCACAGCGAACACGUGCCAAAAAUUGUUAGGGAAUGCUAAAAACUAUAUUAAACUAAAACAGAUUGAAGAAUAUAUAAAAAGUGAUACUUCGUAUUCAUAUAUAGGUCUUUUGAAUGAAAUACAUUUUGGUUGGAAGUAUAGCCUUCAAUCUAUUUUAGAAUUGCACACCAAAUAUGAACUAUUAUUGUACUUAUAGUCUAGUAAACAUAUAGUGUUCGCGUUGGCCAGCUGUUCAAAAUUCGGCUAUUUUACAAUAGCUCAAGCUCUCUAGCACUUUAAGUUUAAAAAGUUUUUCUAGCCGAGCCCAGUCGUGCAACCUCACAAGAUACCUAGCAUAUAACUGAAAAUGGUACUGAGUAAAAAAUCGAGUUUUCUACAUCUGGCGUACCAAGAAAAAACAUAGCCUUUUUAUAAUUUUUUGAAAUUGAUAUAAUUUGUGUAUUUUACUGUUUUCUGCUG